CGUGAGCUACACAUCGGUUUUUUUACUACUCCCUCCUCCACUAGCACAAUCUACCCGAGGAGAAUAUUUAUUUAAAUUUUUUUGGUGGCUAUUUUUUCAAGUCACCUGCAGCAGAGUUGCAUUCGCCAUCCUCCUUGUGUCGCCCUAGGUCCCAACACACACCUCAACUACCGCACACAGCCCGGGAAUAAAUACACUCGCAGCGCGCGGUAUAUUUUAUUUAUUUCGUCGGACAAGGAAAUGCAGAUGCCGCAGCCAUUCGCUGUUUUGGCCGUGGCGGCCAUCCUCGUCUUGGGCAUUGCCGAAUCGGCUCGUCCCAGGCAGGUCUACCUCGAUCAGAUCAUGAUGGAGAGUAGCCAAGGGCCGUCGGAAGUCGUCGUUCCCGCACCAGCACUCAAUCAAGAAAUGCAAGCCCUUCGCGAUCGAUUCAUGAAGGCCCGCUCACGAUUCGGACAGCGACAAACCACCACCGACGUCAGCGAUGCGGCCGAAGAAGAAGAAACAACUGUCGGCAAGGUCGUCGAAUUGGCUCCAAUCAGCGAUUCGUCUUCCACCACGUCGACUUUGACUUUGGAUGAUGAAGAAAUCCCCAAAGAGAUCGUCAAGGAAGAAACUGUUUCAGAAGGCCCAGCCGCUCCAGUAGGCGAUGAGGAGCCCACCCCAGUAGCUGCUGCUGCUGCUGAGGAACCCGUUCCAGUAGCUGAUGAGGAACCUGCUCCAGUUGCUGAUGAAGAAACCGCCGCCGCAGUAGCCGAGGCCCAAACGGACGUCAAAACUGAGGAUGAACUUGUUCCGGAAGGCCGAUCGGAAGAUGAGAAACUGGAAGCUGAUGAAGAAGAAUCUGAAGAUGAAGAAGAAGAAGAAGGCGAAGACGAAAUUGAUCGUUCCGACGAUGGCACCACUGAGGAAGAAGGAGAAGAAGAAGAAGUUGAAGAAACUGAAGCCGAGGAACGAUCUGACGUUGUUGCUGGAGAAACGGAAAAAGAUUUGACGACCCGAAUUGAUGGUGACGACAUUGGAGCUGUUGGUGAUGGAUCGAUGGAGAGUGAAGCCCGCGCCUUCCAGCGCCGUCUUCUCGAUUUGAUGGUCAGCGAAGCCAAAGAAGUGCUGAUGGCCGCCAUGCCUGACCGCUCCGCCAUGGAGACCUUCCGCUUUAUGCCGCUGUUCAAGCCCAAGUACAAGAGUAGCAAGCAGUCGUACGACCGUCCAGCCAAGGUGAAGAAGCACAAGCCCUACAAGAAGGCCAAGAAACCCAAGAAGAACAAGAAGGUCAAGAAGCCCAAGGGUUACAAGAAGAAGAAGCCCGCAUACGCUGCACCCACUUAUGCUGCUCCAUCGGCUCCGGCUUACAACAACCCACCCGCAUACAGCCCACCAUCCUAUAACGCUCCUGCGGCUCCUGCUUAUAGCGCUCCUGCAGCUCCUGCCUACAGUGCCCCAUCUUACAACCCACCUGCUCCAGCCUACAGCCCACCUGCUCCGGCUUACAGCCCACCCGCUCAGGCUUACAGCGCUCCAGUCCACAAACCCAAACCAACUUACGGCGCUCCUACUCCAGCUUACUCGGCUCCCUCUUACGAAGCACCCAAAGCUCCUGCUUAUGAAGCUCCCGCACCUUCCUACGAAGCUCCUAAACCAGCUUACGAGUCUCCUAAACCCGCUUACGGCGCUCCUAAACCGCACAAGCCAAAGUCGAGCUACAAAGUUCCAAAGGCGAAACCAGUUCACCAUCCCAAACCUUCUUAUGGAGCUCCUACUCCGACUUACUCCGCGCCAUCUUACUCGCCGCCAUCACCUCCGGCUUACGCACCACCAGCUCCUCAAUCUUAUGCUCCGCCAUCUACCCCGGCUUAUUCACCACCAUCCCAGCCGUCGUAUUCUCCUCCAUCGCCUCCCGCUUAUUCGCCUCCGGCCCAGCCAUCGUAUAAUCCUCCAUCGCCGCCACCAUAUUCGCCACCUUCUCCUCCCGCUUACUCGCCGCCUUCCCAGCCGUCGUAUUCUCCUCCAUCACCACCGGCUUAUUCGCCACCUUCCGAGCCAUCGUACCCAGCUCCAUCUUCACCAUCAUACGAGCCUCCCGCGUACGAACCACCUUCAUUCUCGCCACCCAAUUUCGAUUUACCUUCCUACGAUUCACCUUCAUACGAUCCUCCAUCAUAUUCUCCUCCGUCCGAGCCGUCGUACCCAUCGCCGCCAACUUACUCGCCAUCUUCCGAGCCAUCUUAUCCGACUCCAUCGCCUCCGUCUUAUGAAGCGCCAUCCUAUUCGCCACCCACCGAGCCUCAACAGUACGUUCCUCCAGCUUCGCCAUCCUACGAGCCCAAGUACCCAGUUCGCGAUCAAUCCAAUUCCGGCGGAUACAACAGUUUCGGUUCCGGAUUCCCUGGAGCUCCCGUUCCAUCUGAUCCAUUCGCGUUGAGCUUCGAACCCGAUCAGUAUUCUUUCGAUCCGGCCAGCCAGAUUGCCAACCGCCCAUCCGAGCCCGAAUGGAUUCCUCCACCAAACUUUGGCGAUCACGACGAUCAACCCGGAGAACAGGCUGCCCCCAGCAUUCAAGAUAAUGUCCCGACUAAAAACACGUACCAGCAACCCAGUUACACGGUUCCAUUCAAGGCCCCCAAUAACUACGUCCGCCCGCCUCCCAGCUCACCUCGUCCACCUGUGCCCAUUGCCUACAGACCUCGGCCCACUACCAACCCACCUCACCGCCCAGCAGUGCCGACCAACGCGCCAUACAAACGCCCAGCACCAGCGACUCUUCCUCCUUACCAGCGCCCAGCACCUACUAUCCCACCAUACCAACGCCCAGCUCCUCCGCCAUACACCACUGAAGCUCCUCGUCCACCACCAGUGACUACACCAUCGUACAUUGCCCCACCGACCACUCCACUACCAAUUGAACGCCCGGUUACGUAUCCAUCCUAUCCGGCUUUCCCUCCUUACCACAACUACAACCCCAACGAUGAAUUGCCAGUCAAGUUCCAGACCUUUGGCAAACGCCCUCAACAAGUCCAGCCCCAACAGGAGGAAGUGAAUCAGGGUCCCAUUGCCGAUCCCAGCCCAGUCGAACAGCCGGAAUUCGCCCAAGAACAAGAGUUCUCUCAACAGCAACCGGAAUUCACCCAACAACAGCCGGAAUUCCCUCAUCAGGAGCCAGAAAUCCCACAAGAGGAGCCAACAUUCCACCAACAGGAGCCCCCCUUCCCUCAACAGGAGCCCUCAUUCCCUCAACAGGAUGCAUUCCCUCAACAAGAACCAACAUUCCCCCAACAGGAUGCAUUCCCGCAGCAGGAAACAUUCCCCCAACAGGAUGCAUUCCCGCAGCAAGAAACAUUCCCGCAGCAGGAAACUUUCCCCCAACAAGAAACCUUCCCUCAACAAGAACCGGAGCAGCCAUUCCAGCAACAAGUAGAACAGGAUGAAGUGCCAGAAGAAACGCAACAGAUACCCGAAGAGUCGCCGGCCGAUUUCCAGGGCUUCCAGGAGAGCGAGGCACCACCCAGUUUUGGCGAUUUCCCACCGUCUUCCAAUUCGGAUCAAAUGGUUCCAUUUGCGGAUAUUCCCCAAGAAGAGGCCAACAGCGGUUCCCUUGUGAAUAUCGAUCCAGCUCAGACCACUGAUUUCCCAUCUUUCAAUUCGGGAGAACCAGAUGUCGAGCCGGAAGUGUCGCAGGAAGGCCGGUACGCCGAGGAAACACCAUUCAAGAGACCUGCCAGCCGCCGUCGCCCUGGCAACAACCAGAGAUUCAGACCGGAACAGAGAGAUCAAGCCGAGCAGAGAGACCGGACAGCACCCAACGACAAGAUCCAAAUUAGCGACGAUCCGUUCUUCAGCCGCGUCAACAGCGAAGACACUUACGGUCCUUUCGAGUUCAAGAAAAUCUUUGGUGACGCCCCGUGGCCGAGGGAAGACGAAGAGCCUUCCGGGUUCUCUAGCGACUUUGGUGGAAGACCCAACCGACCCAAAAAUAAGCAGCAGUCGAGAGCCAGGACGGGCCCCGCGGCCGGCAAUGGAGAACCCAGCGUUAUCAGGCCUUAUUCAGACAGGUCUUCUUUGGCCAGCAGCAGCGGACAGUCCAGUUUGAACAGACUCCAAUCUCGACAGCGCAGCAACUAUGGCGAACGAAGAAACUCUCCCACAUUUGACUCAACCCAAGAGGAUGUGCAAAAGCCAGGGGCUAAGUCAACGGAUUCGGCGGUUGAAGACCCUGAUCUAGGCAACCAUUCCGCUCCGGUCGAUGCACCAUCAUUUCAACGUCGCCCAUCAUUCCGAAGACCGAAUGCAGCCAACAAACCGAAACCAGUUGAGUCAUCCGAAUCGGCUGCUCCCAAAUUGAACGACGACUCCGGCAGCUCCAACGUCAGCAGCAUCAGCACUUCCGCCACUUCGCUAUCCGAGAGACGUGCAGCAGCCCGUGAACGUAUGCUGGGCAACAGGAGGAUCCAGCAAAAGAGAAUCGCAUCUGCCGAAUGAGACCAACCAAACAACACACAAAACCGAGCUCACACUGGAAUAAUAAUUUCAACCAUACUGUUAUGACAAUUUUUGCUUUAUUUUGUUCUCGCCUGCUUUAAUUAUCUUUUUAUCUUGUUGACUCGAAUUAGUAAUUAUGAUUAUUACCAUCUAUCUCACCUUCCCCCCCAAAAAAACCAAACCCCCAUUAUUAACUAGUUAAUAACGUAAAUUAUAAACGAAUGAGUGUUGUGCGAUGCUCUUUUGAGAAGCUCAGACAGGGGCUGGCCCCCAAUUCUGACAGAUAUUUGAUGGCUUCAAUAAAUUUGGAUGGAGAAAUGUACUUAAAAAA